UGACAACGGGGUCCCCGCCCCAUUGCCACCCUAAAUUCACGUUUCAACAACCAUUCAGAAACUGGAGUGGGGCCAAAUUAAAGUGAAUCUUUUCAAUGAAACUGCUGAAUUGGUUUUUUUUUUUCAGUUGAAUUUGAUUUUGGAUUUUAGGGCCUGAAAUUAAGUUUCAAUCUACUUGGGAGAGCUAGAAUGAAAUUAAUCCGACCCCUCUUUCUCCCAACCCACAUCCUAAUGCAGAGAGCUGCGGGGAAUGUAGGGACAACAGAGAUGGUGAAGUCUUUGACCUGUGGUACCCGUCGAUUUUCUAUUUCCUCACUUCUCAAACCAUCCUCUCCAAUUUUUCUUGAUUUCAGGCCUUCAAUGCAAUUGACUUUAAGAAGUUCAUGGUUGGCACUGAGGAAUUUUAGCCAUGGCAGAGUGAAUUUAGUGAUAUCUCCACAGGGAAAGCCGAAAUUCGAGACUCAUGAAAUUGAGCCGCCUAAAAAGGACAGGUGGAUGACAAAGAAGAGGCUGAAGAUGAAAAGGAAAAAAGAAAAGCAAAAGAGAAAGUCUGCCAAUAAAAGAGACCCCAGAAGACUUGGUGUAGGGAAGAAGAAAAAGCAGAGAUUUGCUAAUGCUGAGGAAAGGAUAAAAUACAAGCUGGAAAGGGCUAAAAUUAAGGAAGCCUUGCUAAUUGAAAGACUAAAGCGGUAUGAGGUCAACAAGGUCCAGGGUCCUGUUGUUAAGCCACAUGAGCUGACUGGCGAAGAACGAUUUUACAUGAAGAAAAUGGCCCAGAAAAGGUCGAAUUAUGUACCUAUUGGAAGGAGAGGAGUAUUUGGUGGUGUCAUUCUUAAUAUGCAUUUGCAUUGGAAGAAGCAUGAAACUGUUAAGGUCAUUUGCAAACCUGGUCAAGUGCAAGAUUAUGCUAGUGAAAUUGCCAGGCUUAGUGGUGGAAUUCCAAUUCAAAUGAUCGGUGAUGAUACAAUAGUUUUUUAUCGUGGAAAGGAUUAUGUGCAACCAGAAGUUAUGUCGCCCAUCGAUACAUUGUCCAAGAAGAGGGCAUUAGAAAAAUCCAAGUACAAGCAGUCACUUGAGUCUGUUAGACGGUUUAUUGCUAUUGCUGAGAAGGAGCUUGAAUUAUACUAUAGACAUGUGGCACUUUACGGUGACCCAAGUGACCGAAAUCCGAACUCAAUCUUUGAUAAACCAAGAUGGAUAGAAUGGGCAAGGAAGGUUGAGGGAAAAGAAGUUGCGUCUUCAAUAACUGAAGAAUGUUCUCAUACUCUCUUUCAAACAGAUAUUGAUUCCAUGGAUGAUGAAAUCUUAGAAUCUGAAGAAAUCUCUGAAUUUGAUGAUAAGUGCAAGAAUAAUGCUGCAUCUGCAAGUGAAAUAGAUUAUGAGGAUGAUGGAACUCAUAUUGGGGAAAUAGAGUCAUGUACGAAGAAACAGGUACUCGUCGAACUUUCCACUUCGAUUGAAUAUCUGGAAAAAUACUCAACUGGGUUGGAUAUGCUACAUUUAUGUCAUUAACAGGGAGAGAGCUAGGACAGAAUUUAGAUUGCAUGCUUUUCAUCAUGUCUCUCUUAGUCUUUUGUAGUUUGUUUAAGAAGGAAUUUCGUUGGAUGUGAAACUUAAUCAUGGAGCUCAACUUCACAUCUAAGUGAUUCUUUAUUAUUAUUUUUUUAAUAUAGACAUUAGUAGAGGUGUCUGUUAGGGAAUUCAUUUAAGGAAUUAAAAAUCUAUAAACUUCACCUCUAAGUUGCUGUUCUUGUAUAAAGCUAUUUUUCCUUCCACAAAUCUCAUGUCAUCC